AUGAGAGAGGACGAAGGAGGGGCAGCUGGCUCAGAGAGUGAAGAAGAGCAGUACCAGGGCCCUGGGAAUGCUGAAACCAGGAACCUAACGGAGGAAGAGCUUAAAAGAUACGUUAAAUUCAGGCGCACAGGCUUCAACAAGGGCGGAAUCCGGAAGUUUGUGAGCCAAGUCCUGGAGCAAACGUGCAAUCCGAACUUCUCGAUAGUCCUCAGCGGAAUUGCAAAAGUCUUCGUCUCGGAAAUCGUGGAGGAGGCGAAGGAGGUGCAGGAGGCGUGGGAGGACUCCGGGGAGUUGCUUCCGUCCCACGUGCACGAAGCGUACAGGCGACUCUGCAAGAAACUCCCGAAUAUGAACUGA